AGGAAGCCGCCGGCCGCCAAGAAGGACGAGGAGAAGAAGCCGCACAUCAAGAAGCCGCUCAACGCCUUCAUGCUCUACAUGAAGGAGAUGAGGGCCAAGGUGGUGGCCGAGUGCACGCUGAAGGAGAGCGCUGCCAUCAACCAGAUCCUGGGCCGGCGGUGGCACUCGCUGUCGCGCGAGGAGCAGGCCAAGUACUACGAGCUGGCGCGCAAGGAGCGGCAGCUGCACUCGCAGCUCUACCCGACCUGGUCGGCCCGCGACAACUACGGCAAGAAGAAGAAGCGGAAGCGGGAGAAGCUGGCGCAGGCGAGCGGCGCGGCAUCGCCGCGG